AGUGUUACUAAUACCCCUGAAAGUUUUCAUGUUUCUGUAUCCUAACCGUGUUGCUGAUUUGUUGGCCAUCUAGGGUUUUUCUUUUUCCUAUUCUUUGUCAAAUUGAUACAUAGUUUCUCUCAUCUUUCGAUUUGUGACUUGGUGCUACUUGUUUAGAUCUUUAAGAUUAUAUGGAAAUACUUUCUCUGGUUCUUUUUUUUGUUUGCGGAAGAUUUGUAUGGUGAGCAGAAGGAUUUUGAUUUCGUGUUUCAUGUUGAGUAAUGGUUACUGCUGGUGUCUGCAUAAUCUGGGGGUUUCUUGUUAUGUUGAUUAGAGGAUUUCGUGCUUCUUGUUCUUAUUUUUGUUGAGCAGAAUUUGGAAACUUUAUUUUAUUGUUUUUGUUGCCGGAAGGUCUGUAUGGUGGGUGAAGGAUUUUGAUUUGUGUUUUCUUGUUGAGUGCUGUUGGUUUGUUGAGUAAGCUGGUGUUUUUUCAUUUCUGGCCUCUGGGCAUGUGGAUCAGAGGGUUGAGAUUUCAUCCAUUUUCAUUAAUUUGAGAAAGUGAACUGGAAUUGGUGUCCUGAAAAAAUUUGUGCCGUGAAUUGGGUCUAAAAUAGGGGAAGUCAAUUUAUAAUUGCCUUAAGUGAUAGAUUGUUCAGUUAAGCUAUCUGGUAACUGAAUUAAUUGUUCAAAUUUUAGUUGAUUAAUUUUUUAUAUAAAAAAUUAUAGUUAUUUGUUAUCAAAAGUUUUGAUUAAUUCAAUUAAUGUACCAAUUAACCGUAGCCCUGGACAAGGGGUUGAUUGGCUGAAGGAGUGAGGGUGGGGUCUCAUCAUUGAUGGGGAGGUAUUUAUGCAACCAUGGCAGAAGAGAAUCCAAUAGAAGUGAAGGAUGAUGUGCCAGAAUUUUCCGCCUUUGAUCCUACUAAAAAGAAGAAGAAGAAGAAGGUUGUGAUUCAGGAUUCUUUGGAAGAUCCUGUGGAUAAGUUGGCUGAGAAAACUGAAAGUUUGUCAGUUUCUGAAGGGAUUGAAAGUACCUUUUCUGGGUUGAAGAAGAAGAAGAAGAAGAAACCUGUUGAAUCUGAUGAUUUGAAUGAUGAGAUUGGGGAUGUAGUAGAGGAUGCGGAUGAGCAUGUAGGAGAGGAUGAAGAAGGUGAAGGAAUUGUCCUGCAAUCACGAUAUCCUUGGGAAGGGAGUGAUAGGGAUUACUUGUAUGAGGAGCUUCUGGGAAGGGUGUUUAACAUUCUUCGUGAGAAUAAUCCUGAGCUUGCAGGCGAUAGACGAAGGACAGUGAUGAGGCCUCCACAAGUUCUUCGGGAAGGGACAAAGAAAACUGUUUUUGUAAAUUUUAUGGAUCUCUGCAAGACAAUGCAUAGGCAGCCAGAGCAUGUCAUGGCUUUCUUGCUGGCUGAGAUGGGGACAAGCGGCUCACUUGAUGGACAACAAAGAUUAGUUGUGAAGGGAAGAUUUGCUCCAAAAAAUUUUGAAGGGAUCCUUCGGCGAUACGUCAACGACUAUGUCAUAUGCAAUAUGUGCAAAAGUCCAGACACUAUUCUUUCGAAGGAGAACCGUCUCUUCUUUCUCAGAUGCGAGCAGUGUGGUUCUGGGAGGUCGGUCGCUCCAAUCAAGGCUGGUUUUGUGGCUCGUGUUGGGCGUCGCAAAGCUGGGACAUGAUUUGGCGGGUUUAUCCUAUGAGCUUUUGAGAGGACAUUACCUCUGGCAUCGUGUCCUCCUCCCAUGGAUUUUAAAGGCUUCUUAUGUUUUUAAGUUUGUCAACUGUACCUUGAGUUUUCCAGUGCGUUAUCUCAUAUUUGGAUGUUGAUAAUGAAUACACGACAAAGAGAUGCGACUGAUGAUGAGCAGCAUUUUCUGGCUUUACCGGAUGCAAGUAUAAUUCAUCUAAUCCAGUGGCUUGAAUCGUUGCCUA